CCUACGAUAAAGUAUAUAACGUUUAAACCCUGUGUGGUUAGCAUCUUCUUCGUUCAAUUUAAAAUUGUUCUCAAUGGGUCACAGCAAGUCGAAGCGAUUCAGAGACAACCACUCCCAUCGGGGUCAGUCCAGCCGUAGCCGGGAAAAUUCACGUGAAUACUAUAAUGACGAUUCUCUACCAGCAGCUCAAGUUUUCUCAACAGAUGCAGCAAAUGAAGAAGAGCCUCCCGUUCCUAAAGUUCAGCUUGCUAUGUGGGAUUUUGGACAAUGUGAUGCAAAAAGAUGCACUGGGCGCAAGCUUUCACGAUUUGGGUUGCUGAAAGAAUUGCGUGUGAAUACUGGUUUUGGGGGCAUUGUUUUGAGUCCUGUCGGGAAGCAAUGUGUCUCAAAGGAAGACAAUCUCUUAAUGAAGAGAAAAGGGCUGGCUGUGGUGGAUUGCUCAUGGGCACGCUUGAGUGAUGUACCUUUUCAGAAGCUGCGGUGUGCUGCUCCUCGUCUUUUACCAUGGUUGGUGGCAGCAAAUCCAGUAAAUUAUGGUCGGCCAUGUGAGCUGUCUUGUGUGGAGGCACUAUCAGCAGCUUUAAUAAUAUGUGGGGAAGAGGAAACAGCUAAUCUGCUGCUCGACAAAUUUAAGUGGGGUCAUGCAUUCUUAUCUCUGAACAGGCAACUGCUGAAGGCAUAUUCAGAAUGUGCAACCAGUGCUGACAUUAUUUCUGUUCAAAAUUCUUGGCUUUCUCAGAGCCCAAGAGUUCCACAACCUCCUUUCGAAGCAGAUGGUUCUGGAGCUGUGAAGGACUCCGGACAAAUCAGUGGAGAUGCUGAGUCUGAUUAUGAUUCUGUUGAUGGACUUCCAGCACUUGAAGAGAAUUUGAAUCACUUGCACUUGGAGCAAAGUGAGGAAGAAAGCGAGUGAAUGAGAUGGACUUGCGCUUUGUUAACUUGCUCAGUUAGAAACACAAUCUUUAAAGGCAACUUGUUGUCGGCAUCUGGGUACAACUUGGAGAACUUUGAUUCAGACAUGGAGCAGCCGGUAAUGCUCGUUGUUGGCCCAAGUAUAAUGUCCAUCCUCCAAGCUUUCUGUUGCAAUGGUAAGGUAUUUGUUUGCUGCUCCUUGAAGGACAGUGGAUAUUUGUAGGCAGCCUAUAACCCAUAGUUGCUUCAAGAGAACCUUGUUCUCAUAAAACAUCUGAGUAUAGAAAGAUUCUGGUUUGUUCUUUU